AUGCCGAGUCUUGCUACCAUCAAAGCAGAGAUCUCAAAGCUGCCAGAUGGCCCUCCUCUGGUAGCGGCUCUCCCCGGCGCGACGACGGGAAUUGGUUCCUACAUUGCCACGGUGCUCGCAACCACCUAUGCAAAACACGGCUCCAAGCUUCGAGUCUACAUUGUAGGCCGGAACGCCGUCCGAGCCAAAUCCGUGAUAGCCGGGCGUCAAAGAUUGAGCCCAGGAUCUGAAUGGCGCUUCGUAUCGGCAACUGACCUUGCCCUCAUCAGUGAAGUGGAUCGGUGCUGUGACGAUAUCAUCAAGCAAGAGACUGAGGCACCAUUUCACGGCGGUCCUGUGAGGCUCGAUCUUUUGUAUAUGACAUAUUGUUACCCCAUCCUCAAGGAAAGGCACACCACUCCAGAGGGUCUCGAUAGUUUCCUCUCUACGGUCUACUACUCUCGCAUCAGAUUCAUCAUGAACCUACUCCCGCUGCUGACCGCAUCGCCUAAACCCGGACAUGUCGUCUCCGUUUAUACCGGUAGCUUUCAGGAUGAAGUCGAACCCGGGAAACUUCCCAUCGGCCUCCCUCCUGAUUCGGAGUACGGAGUGGCUGGUGUGCGCAAGUACACCGCCUUCAUGAAGACAUUCUUGUUCGAAGAGUUGGCCGAGAAGUACGCAGGGCGUCUUAGCCUAACACAUAUCUACCCCGGUCUGGUUGAUGGGCCUGGCUUCCUCAGCGACGACAUGCCCAGGUGGUUUAGAGUCACUUGGAGAAUCCUCAAGCCUAUUCUUCGGCACAUCUACAUGACUUCCCCCGAAGACUGCGGAGCCGUCAUGGUGUACCUUGCAACCUCUCACUUCCCAGCUAAAGGCCAAGACGUCCCUGAAGGAGUCAAACCCGCAACGAGCAGCCAGGACCAGUUGGGCGGCGGCGCUUAUUCGGUUGGGCAGCGAGCCGACUCACCAAAUAAGGUCGCGUAUAGUAACGUUCGUCAGGCAGACACGGCGAAGCUGGUUUGGGAUCAUACUAUGAAGACCCUGGAAGAUAUUCAGAAGGCGAAUGCUUCGAAGGCUGGCUAG